AUGGAUUAUCCAACCAAACUGGCCAAGGAUUUAGCACCAGCAUUCUCAGACGUUUCGACUUUUAGACGCCUCAUUGGCAGACUUGUCUACCUCACAACAACACGGCCAGACAUUUUCGUUCGCGGUAGAAAGUUAAGCCAUUGUUUAGACUGCCCUACCACUGCCCACUAUAGUGCAGCUCUCCGAAUUCUCAAAUACCUGAAGAAUACCCCCGCAUCAGGUCUCUUCUUCUCUGCCUCCUCAGACUUGCUCCCUUCUGGUUACUCAAAUGCAGAUUGGGCAGUAUGUCUAGAUAGUAGAAGAUCAGUCUCUGGAUACUGCUUCUACAUAGGCACUUCACUUAUCUCAUGGAAGAGUAAAAAACAAACAAUUGUGGCUAGAUCCUCAUCUGCAGUGGAGUAUAGAGUGCUAGCACUUGCAACAUGUGAAGCUCGUUGGAUCUCAUUCAUUCUGGCUGACCUGCAUGUUCCAAUUACCAAAUCCAUCAAUCUAAUGUGA